AAAUUUCAAAUUCCCAGCCUAAACAGAAACUGAAAGAGGGAAAAAAAUGACGUGGUCUCUGGCAGUGGUAGAGAGCGGGCACCAGAAGCCUGUAAACGCCGUUAGAGACCAGUGGCAGGUCGCCUUUGCACGGUUCAUUGCUCAUCCUGCUCUUCCUUCACCGUCCCCUGCUCUCAAACCUCUUUCGAAUAACAGAAGGUUUUACCCGCUCGGAGGCACCUGGAUCUCCACUUCUUCGCCAACCGCUUCUCUGCAGAUCACCGCCGAUUCCUCCACCUCUGAUGUGAUUCUCACCGUCUGCUUCCUCAAUAAGAUCCUUGAAGAGCACUAUCUUUCCAAGCUGCACUUCACCUGGCCUCAGGUCUCGUGUGUCUCUGGAUAUCCUGAUAGGGGUAGCAGAUCUGUAUUUGUCAGCUACAAAGACGCUCAGGGCAGGAUGCAGAAGUUUGCCAUGCUAUUUUCCACAACCCUGGAAGUGGAAUCAUUUAUAAAUGCAAUAGAGGAGAAUUUGAAGGAUGAGAAUCAAACUGAACAUCUAGACCAUGACCUAGGGUCGAGGAUUUCAACACAAUCUGAGCUGAUAUCUAGUAAUAGACUCCCAUCUAGUUCUUGUCGAGAGGAGUUGAGUAUUGUGACUCCUGAUGAUGCCUACACUCCACAAAUGACAUCCAGCUGGGACUAUGAAGUUGAACAACACUCACAUACUCAAGAAACAAGCCUCAGUCACGAUUCUCAAGGCAUUUUUCCCACCCUACCUCCUGGUUUCACAUCAUUAGUGGCCAAUUGCUGCUCUAAGGCUGAACAAGCUGAAGAGAAACCAAGAGCAUCCGAGGACAUUGAUCUCAAAUCCCAAAUUGCGAAAUAUAUGGAAGAUUCUUCCCUCCAUGGUAAGUCUUAUUUCUAGGGCACCUAUAUGAUUGUUACAAAGCCUGCAGUAUUUUUUCACUACUCUUUGUUUUCUCCGCAUACUGAGCUUUAUGACACUAUUUAUGAACCUUCUCCACUCAAAUCAUGUUGGUAUCUUAAUCUAGUUUUACUUGUAAAUAUGCUUGACUGCUUUUGAAACAAGUUAUGUUGACAAAAGUGGAACAAAUUAUAAAUGAACUCGGAGGUUAUAUGGUUUCUUGAUCAACUGUGGUUGUACCUUGUGUCCAGAACAGCAUUCAGAUCUUUGGUUUCCCAGUCAUUACAUACAGCCAAAGGCAUGUUCAUGUUAAAGUCUCCAUAUCUUGUUAAUUUUCUCCUUUGUGAAGUACUUCUAUGAAUAACACAACUGCAAUUGCAUAGGAAUGUCUGGUUAAUUCCAUAUUAUCUGCAAAGUU